AUGAAUGACCCAGGGCUUGACGAUGCCAUCGCUGACGAGGCCAAUGCCCUCGAUCAUACUUCACCUUAUGAUGAAAACGACGAUACUCGUGAGAUAGAUGCUCAUCAACCACACGCGGCGCGAUGGUGGCUUGCCAGUACAGCAUACCCAUUAGUUGCCGGCACGUUCGGGCCAAUGUCUAGCGCUUUCAGUAUCUGCUCGUUAUCUCAACCAUGGCGCAUGGAAAUACUCCCCGGCGGUGGAGAGCAAGAUAUCACUGAUCCAAAAUGGGUCACCGCACUCAAUGCAGUUUCGCUGGUUUUUGCGCUCAUCGCAAAUCUGGCUCUUUCAUUAAACAUGGCACGACGCAUCCGGUUCGAAGUCGCUCAGCCGAUUAUUAUCAUCGGAUGGUACAUAUCAUCUUUUCUGCUGCUUGGUAUCUUGAUCGCCUUGGGAGUUCUCAUGUACCGACCGCAAAAUUCCCAGCAUGUCUACACGCAAGCGUACUUCUAUGGGACGUUCGCUGCCGGGCUCUACUUUAUCAUCGCAUCAUUGCUGGUCGUAACGGCAUGGGGUGCUCACAAGGGUCAUUACAGUCGGGAGUACAAGUUGACCACCAGUCAACGGACUCUGAUGCUACAGACUAUCAUCCUGUUCAUCUACCUCCUUGGGGGUGCAGCAGUCUACGCCAGGAUUGAAGGUUGGAAGUUCAUGGAUGCGGUGUUUUGGGCUGACUUCACUCUACUUACAAUUGGUAUUGGCAACUUUGUUCCGAUUACCCAUCUGGGACGGGGAUUACUCUUCCCUUACGCUGUUGGUGGCAUUGUCAUUCUUGGUCUCAUUAUCUCUUCCAUUCGGACACUCAUGUUGGAGCAUGGACGGCAAAAGAUCGCCGACCUUCUCACUGCACGUACUCACAAGUUCUUGGUGAAACAGGCGUUUUCGGAGCGGAACAAUCGUCUAGUUCCAAACCUGCGCGUUGAUGAGAAUGAGGCAAACGAACUUAGCGAUCGCGAGAGACAAAAGCGAGAAUUCAUCACGAUGCGACGUGUUCGACAAUUAGCCACAGUGCAACACAAAUGGAUUUCACUCAUCAUGUCUCUGGUUGUCUGGAUGGCUUUGUGGCUCAUUGGCGCAGCCAUUUUUUGGCGUUCCGAGGAUCAUCGCCAUUGGACGUAUUUCGAGGCUCUCUAUUUCGCCUACACGACACUUCUCACCAUUGGCUUUGGUGACUUCUACCCAGUCAGCAGUCUAGGCAAAGCAUUUUUCGUCUUCUGGUCCCUUCUUGCCGUACCCACCAUCACAAUUCUCAUCUCCAACAUCUCCGACACCCUCAUCCGCUUCGUCAAAGAUAUCACCCUAUUCAUUGGUGAAAUCACCAUUUUACCCGGCGACGAACCUUUCCACGACCGUAUCAAGGAUCUAUUCCGCAUCUCCUGGACAGACAAAUGGCUCCAAGAUACCACCGGCGAGAAAACCGGCUCUCAAGAUAUCCUCAACGAGCCCAGCAAUGGCACCAAUCGAAACGAGUUCAACAGACGCCGCCACGCCGUCGAAGCAGAAGAACACAAGAGAGAAGAAUCCGCCCGACGCCGCGGCGACAUCGCCGCCGAAAACGUCCACCACUACCACUACCUCCUCUUCCGGGAGGUUCGGAAAAUGAUGGACCUCGCCACGAAAAACCUAUCCAAGGAAUUCGACUAUCUAGAGUGGGAGUAUUAUCUUGCUCUUAUCUCGGGACAAUAUAAACCACCAUACGAGUCAAGCACGGCGCAGGCGAAGGAGGAUGUGAAACGGCAGAAGGAGUUCCGGGAUUGGAGCUGGAUUGAUAAGAAGAAUCCGUUGUUGGGGGAGAAGAGUGAGGUGGAGUGGUUGUUGAAUGCGUUGACUGAGGCUUUGGAGAGGGAGUUGAAGACUGCUAGUCGGGAUUAUCAUUCGCCGGAUGAAGGGGAGCCCGAGGUUGAGGGUGGUGCUGUUGGGGUUUCGGAGGAUCGGGGCGCUGAGGGGCUUGGGUCUGGUAGUGCUAGGGAGGAUUGA